CCUUCCUCCAAAAGAAAAAAAAACCUCCUUUCGCCCCCUCCGCGACGGUGAGCCGCCGCCACGCUCCACCCUCCUCCGCCCUAGUCCCUGCUACCUGGCUGCUGCGCCCCUUCCCGUAAAAAGGAAAAUUCCCCCCUUCCUUCCUUGCGCUCCCAGUCUUUACCGCGCGACCGCCGCCGCCGCUUGCCCUCUCCCGGUGGUCGGCUCUGUGUACAAGGGCUGUCCUGGUGCUACACGGCCACCACCGCACGCCGCCUCGGUCCGGGGACAGCUCACCUUCAGUUGCCUGUUCCGCCGCCGAGUGUAUGCCAAGAUGCCAGCCGGGGAGAAGGAGGAGAGGGUGACCAUGGAGGUCACCGACGAGAUGCUCAAGACCAUGGAGGUCGGCUUGGCCUUCCGGGACUAUAUUGGCAGAAUUAGUUCUAUGGAUUUCCACAGCAAGGCUACAAACUAUCUUGUGACAGCCAGUGAUGAUGAAUCAAUACGCCUAUAUGACAUUCAAAAUGCUGUAUGUUUGAAGACCAUUAAUAGCAAAAAGUAUGGGGUUGAACUGGUGUGCUUCACUACUAACCCAACUCUUGUCUUGUAUUCCUCGAAAAAUGGUUGGGAUGAAUCUCUGCGUCUGCUCUCUCUAAAUGAUAACCGGUUUGUAAGAUAUUUUAAAGGCCAUCUUGACAGGGUUGUUGCUAUGUCAUUAUGUUACGAGAAAGACAGUUUUCUUUCUGGUUCACUUGAUCGAACUGUUCUCCUAUGGGAUCUGAGGGCUGACAAAGCACAGGGCUUGCUGCGUGUGCAAGGGAGGCCCGCAGUUUCAUAUGAUGAUCAGGGUUUAGUUUUCGCAGUUGCUUAUGGUGGUUAUGUAAGGAUGUUUGAUGCUCGAAAAUUUGAGAAGGGGCCUUUUGAUAUUUUCUCCGUUGGUAAUGAUGAAUCAGAAGCCAAUAUGAUAAAGUUCAGCAGUGAUGGAAGGCGGCUUCUUUUAACCACCAAAGCAGGGUGUAUUCAUGUGCUAGAUUCAUUUCAUGGCAACAGUCUCGCAACUUACAAUGUUAAGCCAGUUGUAACCAAUUCGACAUUGGAGGCAUCAUUCAGCCCUGAUGGAAAUCAUAUCAUAUCUGGCUCUGGUGAUGGUAGUGUUUUUGCUUGGAGCGUUAGAAGUGGAAAGAAGGUUGCGCGCUGGGGGAGCACAGAUAGUGAGCCACCAUUGGUUAGGUGGGCUCCAGGAUCGUUGAUGUUCUUGACUGGAUCUUCAGAACUAUCCUGCUGGGUCCCGGACCUAUCGAAGCUGGGAUCAUUUGCCGUUACCAAGUAAACUGAUUGUUCUUAUACUGACAUUUGACCGAUCAAUGCGGCUUAUCAAGUAUGCAUAUCUAAGGUAGCAAGGAUGAUCAACUUUCCACUGGCAUUCAACUGUGAAUAUGAGGAAGAAUAAGCUGUAGCACAUUGUAUGUCUAGAUCGUGGCCUCUCAUCUCUCAUGUGUCGCUAGGCUUUCCGCGACACUGUUUGCCUUGGUAGAGUGUAUGUAUAACUGUAAAGUGAGCUCCUCAUUGCGCACAGAUGUGGUACUGAAUCUAAACUAUGCGCCGUGUGAACAGGUUUUUGCGAUUUAUCGUGUUUUAUUA